AUGGAAGGGAUAAAGUUCCCAAAGAUUUCCCGAAGUUCCCGGAGUUCCCGGAGCCUCCGGAGCUUCCCGGACUUUGUCUCCGGGCCCGGGCUUUGGAUCGAGCCCAGCGCGGCCCCGAAUUCCUGGGAGAAUUCCAGGAGCGGCCGGAAGGAGGGAAGAGGGAAGGAAGGAAGGGAAAGCCUUCUUCCCAACGCCAUCCCGGAAUGUCACCCCACCAUUUCCCCCUGGCUCUACCACACCAUUAUGGCUCCUGUUUCCCUGGCCGUGAUCCUGGCCUUGUCCUUCCCGGCCAAGCGCCGCCGUCUCCACCAGAGCUGCUGGAGCGGUGUCCCGGGAUUGCUCAGAGCUGACAAGUUCUGGAAGCUGCUGGCCCUGCUCUAUUACCCGGCUCUCUACUGGCCGCUGCUGGCCUGCGCUGCCGCCCGGCGCCGCCGGGGCUACGCGGCCGGAGCUCUGCUGGCCUGGGGCCACUGCGGGGCCCAGCUGGGCCAGCGGCUGCAGUGUCCCCUGCGGCCACAGGUGCAUGGGCUGUACUCGGCGCUGUCCCACGUCCCCGCGCUGCUGGCGCUGGCCCUGCUCAGCCUCUGGUACCCGGCACUGCUGAUCCGCAGCCUCCGGCAGCGCCCGGAGCCACAGAUUCCUGGGAAAGGUUAUUAUGGGAAGUACCUCAAGGCCGUGCUGUCCAAGAGGGGCCGGAAGGGGAGCUCCGUCGGGAUUGAGGAGAGCCGCUGGUCCCGGAUCCGCUCCUACCUGCGCUCCUACUUCUACAUUCCCGAGGAAGGAUUCCGGAUCCCGCUGAAGCUGCUGGUGUCGGUCACCACGGCUGUCAUCGCCGUCUACCAGGUGGCCCUGCUGCUGCUGCUGGCCGUGGUGCCCACCAUCCGGAUUGUCCGGGCGGGAAUGACCAAGGACGUGGUGGUGCUGCUGGUCCAGCUGGGAUUGGUGCCCUCGGAAAAUCCGGCCGUGCCGGGGGACAUGGAAAAGGAGCUGGGAACCGUCCGUCACUACCUGUGGGCGCUGGAAGUUUGCUACAUCAGCUCCCUGGUGUUCUGCUGCCUGCUGACCUGUGCCAUGCUCCUCAGGACACUGGCCAUGCACAGGUCCAACCUGCGGGCUCUGUACCAGGGUGCGGUGCUGGACGUGUUCUCCAAGGCCCAGAUCCUGCGCCCUUCCCGGGAAUCCGUCGUCUCCUGGAUCGGCUUCUCCGCAUUCCAGGCCGCCUUCGCCUGCCUGGGGCUCCUGAUCCAGCAGGUGAUUUUCUUCCUGUGCUCCGUGGCCUUCGCGUUCCUGGUGGUGAUCCCGCUGCAGGCCGGCCGCGGCUCCCCACUCCUUGGGAUCAUCCGGAACGUCUGGCCCCUCUGGCUGUUCCUGUUCCUGGCCGUGCUCCUGCAGCACCUCCUGGCCCAUUUCCACUUCCUGCAGCGCAACUCCCUGAGCGCCGAGCUGGCCCACAGGUGUGCCCUGAGUGUCACCUCCUUCCUGCUCUUCCCCACCAAUGUCCUGGUGGGCCUGGUGGCCGGAGUGUGGCGCGUGGUCAUCUCCGGCCUCUACAACUCUGUCCACUUCUGCCGGCUGGACAUCAGCCUGCUGCACCGCCGCGCCGACACCUUCGACCCAGGUGGGAGCGCGCCGGGGGCUGGGAUGGGGGCAGCCUCAGAUCCUUGGGAAUGGGACACCUGGAGCUUCUCCUGUUCCUGGGGUGUGGUGGGAUCUUGGUGGCUCCAGGGAAAUGGGGCCGGAAUCUGGGAAUCCUGGAAUGCUUUGGCUUGGAUGGGACCUUGGCACCCAUCCAGGGACCCCUCCCACUAUCCCAGGCUGCUCCAAUCCCUCUACAACCUUUCCUUGGGCACUUCCAGGCAUCCAGAGGCAGCCAUAGCGUCUCUGGGAAUUCCAUCCCAGCCAGGAAUUCCUUCCCGAUAUCCCCCCAGUCUCCUCAUUCCCAACAGGAAUCCAUCCCCCUGCGCCUCAUCCCAAUCCCUCUCCCUCUCUCCUGGUGCUUUUCCAGGCCCUGAAUGCUUUUCCUGCUGCUCCCGUCUCCUUCCAGGCCUCCAGCUGAUGCAUCCCAAGCAUCCGGCUCCGGGAAAAGCUCGGAUCCGGCAGAUCCGGGCACGCUGGUGCCUGGCCUACACGCUCCUGCACAAUCCCUCGCUGAGCGCUUCCCGGAAAACCGCGCUGGCCAAUCCCGCUGCCAACGGCGCCCAGCUGGGCAUUCCCAGGACCUGAAUUCCCGGGAAUCCUGUCCCGUCUCCCAUCCCAUCCCCGGUGGGAAUUUCAGGCUCUUCCCACCUCCCCCUUUCCCUUUUCCUCCGGACUCUCUCCAAGGGUUUAUCCCUAAAUCCCCUCCUGAGCUCCGGAGGUGAUGACUCCAAGCCCAGCCUGGAUCCAAGCCAAGAAAAACACUCCCAGCAUCCCAAAAAUAUUUUGGGAUUCCCUCCCACCGCCAGCCCCUUUCUCAGCAGCUUUUCCACCACGGGACAAUUCCCAGGGAACCGGGAGAGGAGCGCGGAGGGAUCUUCUCCAUCCCAAGGAAUUCCCAGCUGCCUGGAAUUACCCCUGGAGAUCCACGUGGGAGAAAAUUCCCAUUCCCAGCUUCUCCCUCCCCGAUCCCGGCUCCGUUUGGGCUCAGCAUCCACUCCCGGGACUUUUUUAUCUCACCAAGUUUUGUAGGAUCAAAUCCCUCCCUGCUCCCCGUCCUCUACCAUUCCUGCUGGGUUUUCCAGGGCUGGGAUCCAUGGAAAACCUCGCUGGGAAGUGCAGGGGGAGGGGAAUAAACAGAUACCUCAUUCCCGCUCCCGA